UUUUCGCAUACAUUUUCACGGGUGUAGCUUGAAUUUUCAGCAAAAAUGGGCAGACAAAAUCGCUCCCGCAAGCGCCGCGAUGAAAUGAACAAAAUAAAGAAGGCGCGCUACGACGCCAAGGAGCUGAUUCGUCUGAAGAAGACGCUGGGUCUGCUGGAUGCCGAUGGCAAUGAGAUCAUGAAGGAUAUCGCCGAUGUGGUCGAAAUCAAGACUUCCAAGGAGAUCAAACGGGAUGCCAAGACCAGGGAGCAGCAGGAGCUGAUCUAUGAGCACCAAGAGAGCCUGGAGAAGGGCCAGAAGGUCAAAGUUACCAACGAAAAGACUGGCGUGGAGCAUGUCUUCAACAGCAAGACUCUGAAGGACCAGUAUGGAAACUAUCCGGCCUGGUUCAAGAAGAAGAAGACCGCCAAGCGUCUACGCAAGAAGCAGCAUUCGCAGACAAAGAACUUCAAGCAGGCCUGGACCACGGUCAAUGUGCCGCUCUAAAGGGCUGCUGGGGGGGACGCAUUGAUAGAGUGUAAGUUCAGGUAUAGUCUGGGAGAGUUUGUAGGCGCGUAGAUUCCUACAAAACCGACUUCUGUAUGUUAUAGAUAAGAGUUUAUAUUGCAUAUUAAAGCCUUAAAACUAGA